AUGAGGCUACGGAGCUCUGAGACAGGAUGGCGGUGCCUUCUAAUAUCAACACUCCUCUGCACCGGCGCAUGGGGAAAGAAAGAUGCGCCUGGGGUGAGUUACGCUAAAUUAGAACAUACACCACACAAUUUGCAAUACUUUGACGAUUCCGAUGUCCUGCUGUAUGAGGAUAGAGUAGAUGCGGUUGUGUGGAGGUCGGCCGAUGCAGGAGAGACAUGGAAGAAAAUCGAUGCCGUUCCUGCGGGCAAAAUGUUGGAAAUCUCAAUGCAUCCAUACGAUCCAAAGAGAGCAUACAUUAUAACGUCGGAGAAAAGUCAUUGGGCAACGAAGGAUAGAGGAGAGCAUUGGGAGAAGUUUGAUACGGAGUCUAAAGCUAGUGUAUUCAGGCCGGCCUUGAGUUAUCAUGCAGCAGAUCCGGAUAGGAUUCUUUUCAAUGCGAUGGACUGCACGGGGAUCUUCUGCGAAGAAUUGGCUGUGUCUGGGCAGUCUCAUCACCGGAGUUUACAACUGAUCAGAAGGACCUUGACAAGCGGCCGGAUUCUGUGUGUAGCCAAAGGCAAAUAUUCUCCAUGGAGAGAGAACUACCGACUUGUCAUCUCUGACGACUUCUUCACUUCGGACCACAAUGAUAUACAAGAAUUUGAGCCGGAGCUAGAGCGAGGUCGGACGGUCCAAGGAAUUGUUGAAAUUGUAUCUCAUAAGAAGUUCUUGAUCACCGCUGCAGGUGCUGCCCGUACUGAUGAGCUGGCAUUUUAUGUUUCCCAUGAUGCCAUUAAAUGGCACCGAGCAGAAUUUCCGCACAACCCUAAGUUGACGCAGAAGGCAUAUACAAUCUUGGAAGGAACCAAUUACAGUCUUCAAAUCGAUGUUCUGAGCACGCGUCCACUCAAUGCUAUGGGGGCCAUGUUCACUAGUAAUUCGAAUGGAACAUAUUUCACCCGAAAUAUUGAGCACACAAAUAGAGAUAUGGAUGGCAUUGUUGACUUCGAGAAGAUAGCCGGAGUUCAAGGAAUUGUGAUGGUUAACGUGGUUGAUAACUUCGAGAAAGUCGAGGAAAGUAUUUUUGAGACGAAGAAUAUCAAGUCAAAAAUCAGUUUUGAUGAUGGACGAACUUGGCAACCUCUCAAGGUAAAAGAUAAAGAUCUGCACCUUCACUCCGUUACAGAAUUGGACAAUUCUGGCCGGGUCUUCUCCAGUCCGGCUCCCGGUCUAGUCAUGGGAAAUGGUAACACAGGAGAUUUCUUGGGUAAAUGGGAUAAAGCGAACCUUUAUGUGUCAGAUGAUGCAGGAGUCACAUGGCAUCAUGCUCUCGAUGGACCGCACAAGUACGAAUUUGGAGAUCAGGGAUCCAUCCUGGUGGCAGUACAUGAUGACCAUACAAAGGUCGUCAAGUACUCAUUAAACCACGGCAAAGAUUGGAAGGAACUCGAACUCAAGCAUAAAAUCCGUCCACUCCAGUUGGUCACAACUUCGGAUUCGACAAGUCUCAAGUUUCUCCUAAUUGGUUUGGAUGAAUCCGACAAGAAGGAGACUUACUAUAUGAUCGCACUUAACUUUGACGAAAUGCACGAAAAACAAUGCAAAAAAGAUGAUAUGGAGAAAUGGUACGCGAGGCUAGACCAUGAUGGCAACCCCGCUUGUCUCAUGGGCCACACCCAAUAUUUUGAACGUCGCAAGGCCGACGCAGAUUGUUUCAACAAACAAGAAUUCAAAGUUCCAGUUGUUCAAACAGACAAUUGUCCUUGCACUGAUGCUGAUUUCGAGUGCGAUUACAACUUUAUCAGAAGUGAUGAUGGCAAAGAAUGUAUACAAAAAGGUGCUUUAGUCGUUCCCGAAGGUAGCUGUAAAGCGUCCGGUGCUGAUGAAAAAUUCCUUGGUUCUUCCGGAUGGCGUUUGAUAACAGGAAAUACAUGUAAGCGAGAAAGUGGCAAGCAGAAGGACGAUCCAGUUGAACAUAAAUGCGCGACUGCCGUGGGUCCUCCUGCUUCCGGUAAAGGGAAUUCGACAGAAUUCACAUUCAAGGGCAAAGCAUUCCUUGACAAACAAUAUCUCGAGCGAACUGGCAUCAGUAAGAACAUUGAUGAAACAAUCGUAUUACAAACCGACCAAAAUUCUAUUUGGCUCACUCACGAUCAUGGAAAAAGGUGGAAGCAAAUCUUGAAGGAUGAAGAUAUCGUUCGAAUUUACACCAAUCAGUAUUUCAAUGAUGUGGUGUUUUUCUUGACAAAAACGGAUAAGGUUUUCUACUCUGUUGAUCGUGGAGAGAAUAUUAGGAGCUUCAAGACCCCUCAUCCACCAGACCAUGACGCCACCAUAAUGAAUUUCCAUCCUAGAAAUAAGGACUGGUUCAUUUGGAUGGGCGAGCAGUGUGAUGGUCGUGAUAACUGUCACACGGAAGCUUCACUCACGCAAGACCGAGGAGAUAGCUGGAAAACGAUUCAGCGGUAUGUCCGAAAGUGCGAGUUCAUCAAGGAAGCCGCAAAUCAAAAACGUAACGACAAAUUGAUUUAUUGCGAAACCAAAGAACGCGAAAACAAUGAAGUCGAUAACCCAUAUCAACUUGUCUCCAGUACGGACUUCUUCGACCAGCCUCCUACUGUGCACUUCAGUAAUGUGGUUGAUUUCGCUACGAUGUCCGAGUUCAUUGUUGUCGCCACCAAGGAUAAGGAGCAUAAAACUUUGAAAGUCGACGCGAGUUUUGAUGGAGUUACUUUCGCUGACGCCAAGUUCCCACAUGGGUUUGAAAUGGAUCACCAAGUUGGCUACACUGUGCUCGAUAGCUCCACUCAUUCUGUAUUCCUUCAUGUCACAACCAAUAAUGAGCAGGGUUACGAAUAUGGAUCCAUCAUGAAAAGUAAUUCUAAUGGUACUUCGUACGUCUUGAGUCUAAAUGCUGUGGACAGAGACAGCGCUGGUUAUGUGGACUUUGAGAAAAUGUUUGGCCUUGAAGGAGUCGCAAUGGUCAACGUUGUUGCGAAUGCAGGAUCUAAGAACUAUAAGAAGGAGAAAAAGAGGUUAAAGACUCUGAUUACUCACAAUGAUGGUGCGGAAUGGGAUGCAUUGAAGCCUCCUGCAAAAGCCCCCGACGGGAAGAAAUGGGGAUGCAGUGGCUCAUUGGAUAAAUGUUCAUUGAAUAUUCAUGGUUAUACUGAGAGAUCUGACAAAUCCCAUACAUUCUCGUCUCAAUCAGCCAUUGGAUUAAUGCUGGGUGUUGGCAAUGUUGGGGAGUUUCUCACUGAUUACAAAGAUGCCGAUACAUUCAUGACCGCGGAUGGUGGUAUCAACUGGAAGUUCGUCAAAAAGGGAGCUUACAUGUGGGAAUUUGGAGAUCAAGGAUCGAUCAUCGUCAUUGUGAAAGAGCAUGCAUCUGUUAAUGUCGUUCACUAUUCUAUUAACGAGGGAGAUACUUGGGUCGAUUACAAAUUCUCCGAUGCUGAAAUGAAAGUUGAAGAUAUUACUACUGUCCCGAGUGACAAUUCACAAAAUUUCAUCCUUUGGGGUGUUAUUGAUGGUAGUCUCACAGCUAUCAAUCUUGACUUUUCUGGUUUGAGAAAAAAGCAGUGCGAUCUCGAUGAGAAAAAUGUUGAAGGAGGAGAUUAUUACCUCUGGCAACCAAAACAUCCUAAGCAAGAUGACGACUGUCUCUUUGGUCAUGUUUCGCAAUAUCAUCGAAAGAGAACUGAUGCUGAUUGUUAUAAUGGAAAAUUGAUUCCUUCUUUGCACAAUAUUGCCAGGAACUGCACUUGUACUAGACGAGACUUUGAGUGUGACCUUAACUACGAGCGUCAAGGUGAUGGAUCUUGUGCCCUUGUCAAAGGUUAUUCACCACCGGAUCACUCUGCAAUAUGCCGUAUCGAUGAGACGACCUCGGAAUACUAUAAACCUACAGGCUAUCGACGACUUCCACUUACUACCUGUGAAGGAGGAAAGCAAAUGGAUGUUAGUGAUGAAGCAUUCCCUUGCGCCGGACAUGAAGAUGAAUUCAACAAGAAACACGCAGCUUCUGGCUGGGCUAUAUUCUUCGCGGUUAUUAUCCCGAUUGGUAUAGCUACUGCUGUAGGAUUCUGGGUAUGGCGCAAUUGGAGUGGGAAAUUCGGUCAAAUUCGUUUGGGUGAACAAUCAUCUUUCGAUGGCGAAGCUCCAUACAUCAAAUAUCCAGUAAUGUUCGUGGCUGCAGUUGAGAUGUGGGGGAUUUAUGGAGAUAAAGAUGAAGAUCGGAUGGAAUGGAAUGGAAUGGAAAUGCAGAUGGGGAUGGGGCUGAAGAUGAAGAUGAAGAUUAAAAGGGUGAAAAAGAGGAAAGGAGGAAAAGAAGAAAAGAAAGAAACGGUCAUUGUAUAUUAUAAACGAACAAACAGACAGACAGAGAGAAGCCUUUCACUUCCCCUUUCCGCUUUUGGUCGAAAAAUGAAAGAUACGGAAUGGGAGGGGAGGGGAGGACAGGCGAGGAGAGGGGAGGAGAGUUAUGAAAUUUUUUAUUACAAGUGUGUGUUGUUUUUGUAUUUGUUGUGUUGUUGUUUGAGAAUGGGUCUAGGUAUAGUUGGGUAUAAAUACAAGUGCAAUAUCUAUAUACCACUCACCAGUUGUACUCACAUCUUUAUCUAUCUCGGGAUAUCCGGUACAGGACAAGAGAAUAAAAAGAGAGAGAAAGAUUGA